AUGCAACUUUUCCAUCUAAUCUAUAAAGCCCUGGAGAAUGCUUUUAUAUAUAUCAACCAAUUCGCGUUGAAGACGUUGGCUCAAGGACCCAUCCCACAGCAUGUGGCAUUCAUAAUGGAUGGAAAUCGACGGUAUGCAAAAGAGAACACUAUUUCCCUUGCGGCGGGAUAUUUGGCUGGUGCAAAGACUUUAAUGAAGAUCGUGGAUCUAUGUUUCGACUGUGAAAUCAAUGUUAUAUCCCUCUACGCAUUCAGCCUUGAGAACUUCCACAGACCAAAAGAGCAGAUCGGCAUUCUUAUGAAGCUGCUAGACGGGAUACUUGGAGCGAUUGGCGAGAACGAUCCAUUGGUGAAGAAAUAUGAUAUGAGAAUCCGGGUGUUGGGUCGUUUGGAAUUGCUAGAAGAUAACGCUUUGAGGGCAAUUAACAACGCUAUGAGUGCUACAAAGAAUAACCAUGGCAAGGUUUUGAAUAUCUGUGUCGCUUAUACUGGCAGGGAUGAGAUUGCCUCUGCUAUCAGGGGCACUGUUGCUGAUUCUGGUUUGCCUGGCAAGAUCACGGCGAAUUCUCUGACAGAGAAAAUGUUUAUUGGAUUUCCACCGCUAGACAUUUUAAUACGUACAUCGGGCGUCUAUCGUUUGAGUGAUUUCAUGCUUUGGCAGUGUCACCAAGAUACCGAUAUCGAGGUCGUGGGAAUGAACUGGCCUGAUUGGAAGAUGGGAUAUAUGUUUGAUUUUAUUGAGAUGGCAAAGCAGAAGAAAAGCACUGGCUUAUAUGUGAUCCAGGCUGCUUUGUAG